AUGGUGAAACGGAAGAAGAGCUCCGACGCUGUCAGCACAGUGGCAACAGCCACCAACAAUGACCUCCCUUCAGCGCUAUCCACUCCCUGGACCUUCCUCCAGCCCUCCGCAGACCUGCACGCCCUACUCGCAGACUCUGCGAAACGAAUUCUCGACCCGCUCGCUACCUCCGUCGUAGACGAGCAAACCAUCCGGAAGCAGCUUAACAGAAAGCGCAAGCGAACAGAGCCUGAGUCGACCGCGCCGCCUCUCCAACUGAAGAACCUCUAUGUGGACGGCUUCACAUCGAACCAAGUAUGGGAACAAGCGACACGCAUUCUGGAGUCUGCUGGGGGCGAGAUUGAAAGGGACGUUGCCCUCCUGUCUCAGUACGGUGGACUUGCGUCGUCAGAUGAGGAGUUGGGUUCCUUGGAAGGCUCUGGUCCCGAAGAUAUUGGAUCUGAGAGCGAUGGUGCCGAGAGCAUGUCAGAUGCUUUCUCGGAGGAGGAGGAGGAGGAGGAGGAGGAGGAGGGUGAAGACCUUGAAGACAACGGCUCUGAUGCAGAGCUGGAGGCUGGAUCCGAUAUCGACGACGAGGAAUUGGACGACGCUGAGGCGAUCGAGGAGGAGAAACUAAGCGAUGAAGAAGGCUCGGAUGCCUCUGAAGAGGAGGAUGUUGGCACCUACACUGAAGACAAGUUCGGAUUGAACGAUGGAUUCUUCUCUAUCGACGAUUUCAACAAGCAGACUGAAUUGCUAGAGAGACAAGAUAUGAAGGGUGGUGCCGAUGAUGAUGACGAUGAUGAAGAGGAGGAAGUCAACUGGCACGCGGACCCCUUCGUUGCUGGCGAUGCCCUGCCUAACGCCAAGAAGGUAGAUGUUGGGGCGACUGGCGGAGACGAUGAUAUGGAAGACGACGACAGCGAAGAAGACGGCCCAACAUUUGGCAAUGCCGAUCUCAAUGCCGACUCCGACGACGAUGACGAUGCCGAGCCUGACGUUGACCCCGAAGCGACCAGUUACGGCGACACAAGUAACGUCCGAUAUGCCGACUUCUUUGCGCCGCCGCCCCGCAAAGCUUCGUCCAAGCGAUCACGCGCUCUCCCAAAGACCCAGCCAGCUCAAAACAUUACCGAUGACGAUGUCAACCGCGCUAUGGCUGAUGUCCGACGAGAUCUUUUCGAUGACGAGGAAGAGGUGGAAGAAGAAGACAUCGAAAUGGGCGAGGAUGGCGAGCCCCAGGGUCCGCGCUCAACACACGAGAAGCAAAGAGCCAAGAUUGCGGAUGAGAUUCGCCGAUUAGAAGCCGCCAAUGUUGCGAAGAAGGAGUGGACAAUGGCCGGUGAAGCACGAGCCGUGGAGCGACCUGUCAACUCGCUCAUUGAAGAGGAUCUUGACUUCGAGCGUGUAGGCAAGCCUGUUCCUGUCGUGACGAACGAGACCAGCGAGGACAUCGAGGAACUUGUCAAGCGUCGCAUUCUCGCCAACGAGUUUGACGAGGUCAUUCGUCGUCGCCCCGGCGCUGGUGACAACAAGGCUCAACGCCGCGCCAGAUUUGAGCUGGAAGAUACCAAGCCGCAACAGAGUCUGGCCGAGAUGUACGAAACCGACCACCUGCGCGCCAACGACCCGAACUUCGUCGAUACCAAGGACAAGAAGCUUGCGCGGGAGCAUGCCGAGAUCCAGAAUCUCUGGAAGGAGGUCAGCUCUCAAUUGGAUACUCUGUGCAACUGGCACUACAAGCCCAAGACACCUCAGGCCAACAUCAACGUUGUCACCGAUGCGCCAACUAUCAUGAUGGAAGAUGCCCGUCCUACGGUUGGCAGUGCCGCUGGUGGACCCUCAGCUCUUGCACCCCAGGAGGUCUACGCUCCUGGCGACGAUGGCAAGGUUGUUGGAGAAGUUGUGCUCAAGACUGGCGCCUCUAUUUCCAAAGAUGAGAUGAGUCGGGAGGAGAAGGCUCGCAAGAGGAGACAGAACAAGGCCCAGCACAAGGCCAGCGACAAGUCUUCUUCUGGAUCUCAGGGCAAGACUGCAGAGAAGCAGCAGCUCGUGUCGGACUUGAAGAAGGGUGGUGUCAAGGUUAUCGACAAGGAAGGCAAGGUCACCAAUAUGGAUGGUGACAAGGCCCGUCCCGGCCACAAGAACAAGGGCGAUACAUUUAAGCUGUGA